AUGGCGGCCUCCAGGGUCCGUUAUGUAAAGAAGGAGAACACCACUCCUCCCUGGGUGACUGAUACCAUCUUUGCCAUGGUGUGUGGAGUGGUGCUCUUCUUUGUCUUACUCCCCUGGUUGGAGAGGGAUCCAUCCUUACCACCACCUAGGAGACAUAGAAACAUCAGGAAGCGUCCAGUGGAGCCGAGGUGGAUGAGCAGCUGCAGGAAGGAAAAUGGAUAUUUGAGAGUGAAGUUUCGAGGCCCCAGGGGUAGUGGAUGUAGAAGCUCUGUGAAUGACAAGGCGACUGCCAGAGCCUUGUGCCUCUCAGUGUCCUCACAGUGCGAGUCCCAGCAAGAGCACCCGUCCCACCAUCCACCAGAGGCCUCGCUCCAGGAAGACCCCACAAACCGACAGGCAGAGUCUAAUACCCUCUCUUUGCUCAGCUCUGAUGAGCAGAAUCUUCUGGAAAUACAAGUCACAAAGAAAAUCAACAUAAAGAAUUUGAAAGAAAAUGAAAAAGAUACAUUAUAUCCAGAGCAAAUGAAUCCAAAUUUCCACCUGAAUCCUUUGGGGAAUACGUGGAAAUCACUGGGUGCUGAGCAGGACACCACAACCUCUCAGCCCUUCAGGAGCAUGAAGGACAAACAAGAGCAACUGCCUGGUCUUUAUUUCCUCUAUAACCAGGGUUUUUCGGGUCUCCCCUCUCUGCACAGUGAAUCCCUGGUGGCCACCUCCUCGAUCCCCGAGAAUUCUUCUGCACUGCAGUCUCCCUCUUUCUCAGUCAAUGGGUUCUUGAAUGCCUGCCCAACUCAACUGCAGGCCAAAGUAUCUCCACUGCUUUCCCACUCGCAGCCCAAGGGUCACUUGGAGUUCCCGCCUCAACCCUUGUUUCCAUCCAUGCUUCAAUUCCAGCUCCCACCUGUGGCUCAGGUGCAGACCCAGGGCCAUCUCCAGUCCUCUCCACCAGCCCUGCCACCUUCUUACCCACCGAAGAUUAGGGCCUGUGGAGUAUCUUGCCCAGCAGCCCAGAAUAAGCCACAACCUUGGAUCCCCAGGGAGAUUCAACAUCCAGAAAGGCCCUUGUUGCAGAAGCAACUGGCAAGUGGGUGGGAUUCAUCCUCUGCAGUCAGAAGAUCUCAGGAAGUCUUCAGUCCCUUCACUUCCAACUGCCCCAAGGACAGCAUCCUUCCUGAGAAUUUUCCAAUCAGUCCCAAGUGCCAGGAGCAACAGGAGCAUCACCUCCAAAAGUGGCCUAUGCGACACAGCUGGGAGCUGUCCCCCAAGAUCCAAGAACCUCUGGAACUAAGGCAACAUCAGAGUGAAGUGCCAGGGACAUGUCAGGCAACGGGCAAGCAUGGGCCCUCCCAGCCCUCUUCAUGCACAGCUGGAAGCAGCAAGGAUGCACAGAAGGCGGGGCCCCCGCUCAGACAGGGUCCAGGGAAGGCCCCAGGGCAUCUCCCCAGGGUCUCAGAAAGCUCCCUAGUGUUGCUUCAGAGGGUAGGCUCUGGGGAGUCAGAAAGUGACUUGGCGCUUUCCAGGAGUGACUCCGGAAGUGAGUUACCGAGGAACUUAGACAGACAUCUAGAAAACGCCCAAAAAGGCCAUGUGGGCGGCAGGCUGGGGCAGGGGAGUCGGAAUCUGACCCCUGUGAGUGUGCAUCGGCCCUGGCUUGCUGUGGGCCACUCUUCUGCCAACGCUGACACUCACAUGGAAACCAGAAACCUGGGAACAAUAGAAGGUAGGGAACCCUGCGUGAACACCUGCCGCGGGGUGUCCUUUCUCCCCAGGGACAGUCGAAGGGAGCUGGAAGCACAUCUUACAAAGUUUUCAGUGAGGCACAGGUGGGGCCUGCCCCUCAAGCUCCUCAAGGCCAUGAACCUCUUUAAGGUCAAAAAGGCUGUAGCCUCUCCUGGUCUGCAGCUCGCCUUUGUCCCUUCAUCCACCUGUGCAUCGGGGGCCUACUCGAUCGUCAAGUCUGAUGGGUCCCUGGGAAAACCUCCUCCGGCCUGUCCUGGAGAGAAAGUGAACACUGAAGAGUCAGUUCCCACCCUGGCGAGGCCUCUCCCGGCCCGCUCACCUGUGUGUGAGGACACGCAGAGUGCUCUGGGGGGGACCCCAUCUGGUGAUGACCAUGGGUCUUCAACAGCCUCUCUGACUAGACGGGAGGGCAGGCCACCUUCUCAGUCUCUCUCACGCCCCUGGCAGAGUAGGACUGCAGAGUGGGUCGAGAGGGGCAGCCUAGGUCCCGGUCCAAGUUCAGCAAUGGCCCGGAAUGAGCCAAGAGGGAAGGGGCGGGGUGGGGCCUCACAAGGCCCCCCCCAUAGGGUAACAGUGCUGGACAUGAACUUAGGAUCUCAGUCUUCGAGGACCAAAGAGGCCAGGGAGACAAUGGAGGCCAGUUCGUCUCCUGCUCUUCAACCAGAGUUGGGAACCAAUGUUCUAGCGAAGUCUGAAGACAUGAAUGCACACGUGAGGAGUUUAGAAGCUGCAGGGACCAGUGAAAGCUCCCUGUUCCCUCGAAUGUCUGUUCUCCACAAUCCAGGAAAGCCGUGCCUCAAGAAAAAGUUUUUUAAUGAAUUUAAGUCCAAAGGGAAGGUACAGUUUAAGAACCAGCCUCAAGACUGUCCCACACUCAUGUCCCUUGCAGCAAAUAACCUGGCUUCUCAGGUACCCCAGGGCCACAGCCAGAGACUGCCCACUGCACAUGGGCCAGCUUCCCAUGUGUUAUGUGGCCUUAAGGCUUUCCGAAGGAGCAGCCUAAGGAAGCAGGAACCCAGAAUCUCAAAUGGUCAGGACACUUGGAAGAAGCAGAUAAAAAUGAUUGCCCCUUUCUACAAGGGAGAAGAGUGCAGAAGGCCCAACCCGAGAGAGCACGCAGAUGGGCCUGAAAAACUGGGGACCUCUCAAGCCACAAAAAUGAGCCCCUCGGCCAAGGCUGAGGGAACAGGAGACGCUGUUGAGCAAGAGAAGAAUCAGGAUUUUCCAGAAAGUGUCUUCAGGCAAAGAAUGAGGCUCUUUUGUCAGUGGAUUUCUCCCCAUAAGGAAAUCAGUGGUGAGGAUGCUCUGCAGAAAUACAAGCCCAAAUCAGCCACUGCCCAGAGCCAAGGACCAGGCAAAAGCAGAUUAGUUAUAGACAGCAAGAUCCCUGAGGCUCAGACAGUCAUAGCAGCUGUGGGACAGAUUCUAGAGGAGAAAAUGGCCAUUCACCACAGACUUAAUUCUACGAAGUUAAAGGGACACAAACAGGAAUCUGAAGCCCCAGUGUAUGGGUGUUUUAGGUACCCAGAGAAAGGGAGCAUGAUGAGUCAUUCAACCUACAGUCACCAGGCCAACCCCCCUGCCGAGAGUUGUUUUGGCAGGGACAGGCAAGUCAGACACACAGAGUCCUUAACAACUGUCCAAGUCAAUGAUGAUCUAUCAGCCCAGAGUUGCCUCCCAUCCAUGCCCCCCAAGAAAACUAUGUCUCCAGUCCAUCCCCAGCAGUACAAGCCAAAAAUGCCAGGUACCCGAGGCCACCAUCAGCACUGCCCAAGGCACUGUCUUUCUCAAAGAGGUGUCUUGCCUGGUCACCGGCAACCAUGUCUCCAGGAAAAAACUUAG